GUCUUUUCCCCUCAUCCCAGGGCACCCAGAGUAAUGGCUUGACCGGGUGUGUGAUAUGAUCCGAAUACGCCGUGCUUGUCCGAAUGAGACGAUGUGUCCCAUCUUUUCUUCGCCACAGUGUAUCGCCAGGUUGUGAAUCCUGGCCACCCCAUCCCGAUCGAGAAUGUGAGACGAAUGUAACGACGUUCUUGGGCAUCUUGGAAGGCAUGGGGAUUGUCGUGGAUGCGCUGGCACUCCUCACUCUCACUUCCGAGCUUGCAGAACUUCCGGGCCUGUCGAGAGCACGGAGAGCGGCUUCCCUUCCUCGAUUCCUCCGAGUCCUCCUCUGUCAAGUUUCCGCGGCGCACAGCUUGCGUCGCCCGCGAACUCGAGCCCCCGGAUUGUCCCAGUCACUGCGGCUCCACCACGGCGGCCCUCAAGUAUCAGCGCAUCUCGGGGCCUCUCGUCGGGCGGCCACCACCAUGAACCCAUCGGACUCUUCCAAGCUCUUCUCGUGGAAUGUGCGUGCCCCCGAGUUUGUUCCUGCCUCCCAUCGUCUCUCGGAAGGAAUCGGCGCUGCUUCUCAACGGCAGCAUGGGCCACCACACGCUUAUCCACAAGCUGCAUCGCAUACUCGAUCGCCGGCAAACCCAGCUCGACGGCAACGGCCAGCCAAGCGAGCAGCACCGCCGGUAGAGCAGCCAUCGCAGGCGCUGCUUCAGCGAUCGGCUGAAUUCUCGACAGAAUCCUCGACAGGAUCCUCAGAAUCGACGGCAAACACAUCGUCAAAAGCAAAGCCACCGACACGGACACAUGCCUCCACGUCCAUAGAGUCCCCGAAUCGGCUGCCUGUUCCUGCACCGGCGGUUGCAUCCUCGGGGGCCCUGGGCGGCCUGCCGAUCGAUGUUUUCCUUGCGGUCGUGCGGUUCCUGCCGCUACAAUCGCUCGGCCGACUUGCGCAAACGUCCCGCUGGAUCCACAGCCUGGUCGAGCACCAGAUCUUUGCGUCGUCGGUGCGAUUCGAGCAGCUUCGGCUGACGGCCUUUCCGGUGGCCCCUCCGCUGUCGGCCUCUUGCCGCCUGGCGAUGCUCACUCGUAUCGACGACAACUGGACGCAGCCCAUCCGGGCCGAGGAUGGCACCCUGGAUCUCUACGUUCUGCCGUCGCCCCCAGCGAGCUCGCCCAUCCAGCACACUCGCAUUUCUGGACCAUGGCGCACCGGCAGCCGCAGAGGACAGUAUAUCCCCAAGGUCCGGCUCACGGACAACAUCACAGCCUGCUCGUACGGCUCGUGCAUCGAGCUGCUCGGCGUUACCAAGGACCUGGGCUACCGCCACUGCCAAGGGCGGGCCACGGUCCGCUUCGAAGGCCCGGAUAUUACGGAUUUCGUCGUCUGCGAGUCCAAUGCGGCCGGCGGCGCUUUGACCCUGGUUGCGGCAGAUGUGGACGGGAUUCUCUCCCACGAGUCCGUCGCUGCCUCGGCGUUCCAGACGCAAGGCGAAGCGGCAGCAUCCCCGGCUCGGUGCUCAAUCCGUGCGCACCGCGGAUCGAUUCGGGCGAUCGCUCCGAUCGAUGGCCAGCGAUUUGCGAGCGUUGGCUACGAUCAUAUGCUGAAGCUGUGGCAAUUCGAUCCGGCCGGCCAAAGCACCGAGCAGCCGCAGGAGCAAUUCCCGGAACGAUGGUCCCCGACACAAUCCCACCCCCGCCGAGAUCAUCCCCAUCAACAUGACCACUAUAAGUAUGAACGCCAUCAGCAUGACCACCAUCAACAUGAGCACUAUCAGCACGGCCGCCGCAAGCAUCGGGGGCAUUCGGGCGGCGGAAACGGCUUCUUGUGUCUGCACCAGCUUUCGCUCUCCGGCCUGCACGCCGACCGGCCGCUCUCGUUGGACCAUAUUCCCCGCCACGACACUGUUGCCCUCGGCAGCAGCAUGAGCCGGGCGCUCCAGCGCAACUCGACACUCGAUCUCAUCGCAGUCGCACCGCACGGCCUGCUCCGGCUCGGCUCGCUGCGAUCCAGCCACUCUGUCUACGGGCUCACCUCUAUCCUCGACUCGGUGCUGGUGUCGGUCUCGUACGAUGGCGUGGUCCGUGGCUACGACUUGCGACAGCCGAUGGUCUCUCGCUGCGUCGUGCAGGCCGACGAUCCCGACAACUAUGCGCUAUGCUCGGUCGCCAGCGACGGAUACUUCAAGAUCGUGGCCGGGGCGCUGCACCACUCGACCACCCGUAUCUUUGAUAUUCGCUCGGUGCGGCCCCGCGGCGGCGCUGCUCGUCGGGAUAUGGAAGCAACACUUGAUGCGGUCUCGGCCCUGGGCGUAAUCGCCUCUGCAUCGCAGAGCCACAACAACGGUGCUUGCUUGCGCCUCGGGCUGGUCAAGAGCCUCUAUGUCUCGCGGCACACCAGCCCGGUCUAUUCGGUGGCCACGGACGGAUCGCGGGUGAUCAGCGCCAUCUCGACGCAGAUGAUCAUGUCGACAGCCGAUGGGUUUGUCGAUGGGCUUGCCGGUGCGGCGAACACUUUGUUCAGGGAGAAUCGGGAGGCCCGCGUGGCGGCAUAGAACUCGAUGUCUUGCGUCCAAUAGAGCCGUAUGCGAUCAAACAGAUCACUUGAGCAGUCCGAGUCAAGGCCGUACGGUAGCCGAAAGUACUGCAUCGCGGUGCGAUCGAUAGAUUGAUAGACUGAUAGAUCGAUGAGGGGGGCACUCAGGUCCCAGCAAACAGCGACAGCCC